ACUAACUCAGCUUCUCUUCGGAGCGUCACUGUCAUGACAACAAGCCGAUGGCUCCAAGCAAGAAGAUGAGAAAUUAGAUGUUUGCGUGAACCAGGAGUAACAAUCAAGGAGUGGCGUUUCUGUAAAGUUGGAGGCGCCAUGUCUCUUUUUAAAGCCCGUGACUGGUGGUCAGCAGCUCUCGGUGAGGGGGAGGAAUUUGACCAGGGAUGCCUGUGUGUCGGAGAUGUGGACAACAGUGGUACAGGACAUGACAAGAUUGUUGUGGGCAGCUACAUGGGAAUGCUGCGGAUAUUCUCCCCAAAUGCCAAUAAGCUGAGCGAUGAGGGCUCAGCCGAUGCCCAGCUCCUUGAAGUUCAGCUUCAAAAUGCCAUCAUCCAAGUUGAAGUUGGCAAGUUUGUCUCGUGUUCAGAGCUGCUUCACCUGGCUGUUCUUCACCCGAGGAAGCUAUCAGUUUACUCUGUGUCUGGUACUGCAGGGACUGUGGAACAUGGAGAUCAGUACCAGCUGAAGUUAGUGUAUGAGCAUAACCUGCAAAGAACAGCCUGCAACAUGACAUACGGCACGUUCGGAGGAGUCACAGGUCACCAUUCCUUGUGCAUCCAGUCUAUGGAUGGGAUGCUGAUGUUCUUUGAGCAGGACAGCUACUCUUUUGGUAGAUUUCUUCCUGGCUUUCUGCUGCCUGGUCCGCUGGCCUACAAUCCCAGAUCCGACAGCUUCCUCACCGUCUCUUCUGCACGCCAGCUUGAAAGCUACAAGUAUGAGACUUUGGCUGUGGCUACAGAUGCAGAGAGUCGACAGGAUUCUGAUUUACUCCCUAAAACUGGGGGCAAGAGGCUGACGCCUGACUGGACAUUUGUCUUGGGAGAACAGGCUCAGGACAUAUCAGUACCCUCCUUCUCCCAUUCUUCUUCCUCCAUUCUUGUACUGGGUGAGAGGAACCUCUUCUGUCUCCGGGAUAACGGACAGAUCCGCUUCAUGAAGAAACUGGAAUUUAACCCUAGCUGUUUCCUACCCUAUCCCUCGGUGAAAGAUGGCACCACAAACCUGCUGCUGGGUAACCACAACAACAUGCUGCUGAUUUACCAGGACGUCACUCUGAAGUGGGCAGCCCAGCUCCCCUUUGUGCCUGUGGCUGUUCGUGUUGCCAGCUUCCCGGAGCUGAAGGGAGUUGUGGUUAGUCUGAGCUCAGAUGGUCAUCUUUUGAGCUCUUACCUGGGUACAGACCCUUCCUUCUUCUCAACUCCUAAAGUAGAUGCCAGAGAGGCUGAUUAUGAGCAGGUUGAUGUUGAGAUGAAGAAACUGCAGAAGUUCAUCAGAGAGGCCACAAGGACUCAAGAUAUACUUCCCAAAUCUGAUGCUGCAGAGGACCUGUCUGUCAAGGCUACUGUGUGUUCCUGUCUGGACACAUCAUCGCAAGCUCUCAUCCCUGAUAUUGAUGGUCUGCCUGUGCCCUCAGUUACUGUCCAGGUAAAAGUAAAGGCCAGCUCUGUUCUACAGUCUGCUAAGCUUUCCGUUUGCGUCCAGCCUCCUUUGGCUGUGUCUCAAGACCAGUUUGGUUUGGAGCAAAUGGGUGUUGGUUCAACCAAAGAAGUGUCUUUUUCAGUUUUCCUCAAUGGCCGAUACCCCCCCGCUGAUCUGACCGGAGACAUUGUUGUGUCCUAUAGCUCGCCAACAGAGCUUAAUCCCAAAGGAGUUCCCAGGGUUCUCCAGUCCAGGUUCAGUCUUCCUCUGGCACUGGUGUGUGUACCUUCAUCCCCAGCCAAAACCACCAAGUUUAAGAUCACCGUGGACACCAACCAACCACCAGUUGACCUCAGCGCUAUCUUUAGAGAGUUUUCAGCGAAAACAGAAGAUAAAGAUGGGAACAGUUUGGCUUUUCAGUUUCUGUCUGGAGCCAAAGUUACUGUGGUGUCCUCAAAGACCUCCCAGCGUUACCGCAUUCAGAGCGACAGUUUCGAGGACAUGUGGCUGGUGGUGAAAGAACUUGUUCAGAGAUUUGAUCAACAUUUCUCCAAACUGGAAAUCAAAGACUUCAAGAAAAGUUUUAGUGGUCCUAUGCCGCUUCAAGAGUACUUCCUGUCUGUAGACAAUCACUUUCAGCUGCGUGUCAGUGCUCAACAGUAUCAGGAUCUGCUGUCUGAGCGAGCCGUCCAGUUCAGAGCUAUCCAGCGGCGCCUGCUGACCCGAUUCAAAGACAAGACCCCGGCACCUCUGCAGAACCUGGACUCACUGCUAGACGCCACUUACAACCAGGUCAUUACAUUGGCCGAGGCUGCAGAGGAGAACCGGGCGCUACUGGAGCAGGCUUUUGUCCGUCUACGGAGCUCCACUCACCUGCUGGUGCUGCUGUUGUCCCUGUGGCAGGGCCUGACCCCCGAUCAGACUGCCAUUUUGGAAGCUACCUUGCUGCCGCUCCUGCAGGACACACCACAGCUGGGUUGGGAGGAGAGCUGUGAUGCGGCAGUCUCCCACCUUCUGCGGAGCUGCUUGUCGCGGAGCCCCAAGGACCAGGCCACAUCUCUAGCCCACAGAGGUGGCCCCAUGCUGGGCCUUCCCCAAGACACAAACCGCCUCAAGAAACACAUAGCCCUGCUCUGUGAUCGCAUUGGCAAAGGAGGCCGGCUCACCCUGGCCUCUGAAGCUAAUGUCCAGAUUCCCGCUCAGGUCCAAAAUCUUGCUGCUCCUGGAGGCGUUGAGCCGAUAGCAGAGGUUUCGGGUGAUGGGGAGGAGAUGGAACCUCCACAAGAAAUUACCCAAUUAAUCAGGAAGAAACCAUCUAAGAAAGUCAAGAAAGAAAAAGACUACAUAGAGAAGAAAGGUGUGUCCACAGAGCCAUCCGAGGCAGACGGGAAAGAGGAAGCAGGAGUUCCAGAGGACCCCAUCAAGGAGGUGAAAAAAGAGAAGAAGGAGUCAUCCAAAGACAAAAAAGAGUCAAAGAAGGAUUCCAGCAAGGAGGCCAAAGAGCCAAUGGACGAGGCAAAGAAAAAGGAGUCAUCUACUUCCAAGGAAAAGAAGAAGGAAAAAGAGAAGGAAGGAAAGGAGUCUGUGGACAAAAAAGUGUCCAGGAAGUCCUCUGUGAAAGUGAAAGACAAGAAGAAAGAGCCAGGAGCUGGACAGGGCUGAUGGAAGCAAUGCAAUAAUGAAUCUUUAUAUGCAUUUAAAAACAUACAUAAACUAAAUACAUUUAUUCAUCUUCCACAUAUGCACAUCCGCAGACCUCCCGGUCAUAAGUAUGUGUAUAUGUUUGUAUAAUGUUUACAAGUCUACAUAAACAGGGUAAUCUAACUGAAACACGUUCGUAUAUACAACAUAAAUAUGUACUCUGUCAGGGUUACAUGUCUCAGUGGCAAAACCAUUUCCUUCCAGAUGCUUUUCAAAACCAUGUUGAUCCACCGUUCUUCUGCCGAAGCCACCGCAUAUAGCUGUUCAGUGAGUGUGUUUUCGAACUGUGGUGAACUCUGAGCCAACGAGGAGUGAGGAUGAAUGCAAAAUCCUCCUCCUCAUGCAUUUUGCUGACUCUCUCCUUCAUCAUCGUUGUCUUCAGCUGCAGUUGAACCCACAAUACUAAUCCCAGCAGGGGCCCCAAACCAGCUCACACCCACACACACUUUUGGAUGUAACGUCGGAAACGCCCUCUCGCACCCUUGCGUGGUUCGAGGGUUCGCCAGAGGACUCGCCGCCUUUCCACCAGGAAUAAAAUCGUCUGGCUCGUCUGGCCACCCCACUCCUUCUGGGUAAAUCAAGGCUACAUCCCACAGCUGCCACGGCCACUACUGCUGCUAACACCCCUGUCUGACCCUCCUUGGACACUCAAGAUGGACAUGUGGUGGCGUAUGGACACAUACUUGUCCCCUUGGAACCCUAAUCCAAUUGCAUGAUAGAAACCAGCAGAGCCUUUUUAGAGAAACAGGAUGCCACUCCAGGCUCAUCUGCUCAUCUGUGGUUUAAACAGCUUCAUAAAUGUCAGUUUAAAGAGAAUAAAGAAGAGCAUUAGGAGUGCAAUGAGAAAUGUAGACUUUUUUAGAAGCAAGAUGCUUAUUAGAUUUUACAAUAAACCGCACACUGUGGUAAGUCCUGUUGAAAAACUGUUUUGCUUGGAUUAUUGAAACAAAACAUUUAUACUUUUGGUGGUGUCUGUAUUGGUAUCUUUUUAUUUUAGUCCCCCUUAGACACAGACAUAAUCUGAAAAGUUUAAAUAUUUCCGGAAAUGUUCCAAACACUUUAUUUCAGAAAGAUUUUUCAGGAAAUGUAUCUGUAUCUUGUCUUUUUUUGCAAUAAUUUCCACACUAUAUGAUUAUGAUAAUGAGACAAGCUCUAAUUACAUAUUAUUGACCAAACGUCCUCAGAUGCAAGUUUUAGAUGAACAAAUUUUCUUCCAGUUGGAUUAAUGUUUUUGAUGCAUGUUCACACACUCAUUCUUACACUUUUUGCCAUGCACAGACAGUAGAUUUUAUUUGCAUCAGUGCAGUACACAGCCUGCACUGAUUGUAUUUUCGCCAGAAUUGACCUUUGUAGACUUUUGCCAUAGUUGCUGUGCCAGCAGCUCUGCAUUAAACUCUAAGUCCACAUCAAGCAUUGUGUCUGUGGGUCCAAUUUAAGCUCUUUUCUUGUCAGGGACACUUAUUUUUAUUUUUAGCUUGUAUUGUGAAACAGAUGCAUGUUUGCAAUGUUAGUCACAGGCUCUGUUUGAAGAAAACCUCAUGCCCUUUGAUUUGAAUAUAGUUUUCUUUUUUUCGUCAAAUGUAGACACUAAACUGUUUGACAAAUGAAAGAAAUUUAAAAGUUGAGGCUGCACCAGCUCAUCUUUUCCAAAAAAGAUUGUUAGAAAUCUUGGUGAUGUUAUAAAGAUUUUCAUUGGAUACUGUGUACUGUAAGUUACUCUUUCAUAUCUCUCUGGAUGUUUGAAAUGUAGAGCAGGUUUUGGAAAUAUUCUAGUGGUUCAGAUCCAUCGGGCUCCUACUUUGAGUCUGGUUUAAUGGCCAUAGUUCAUUCCAGAAGACGUUUCUGCACUCUAAAAUGAACUUUGCUAUAACUGUGAAUCCUGUAGUUAAAAUCAACAAACAUGAGAAUGAAAUAAACGUAUUUAUGAGUA